AUGGUGUCUGGUGAAGUUCUGGCACGAAGUUGGACCAGCAAUAUCUGUGACAGGUUCCGGGCCUAUGGUGAGAUGGAAUGGACUGUCGGCCCAGUCAUAGAUGGCUUGCUAUGUUUCGGCAGUUGGUGCGUGAUAGCUUCGUCAGAAGUCCUGAUGGAUAUCUGGGCUGCGAUACUGAUGGGCCCUAACGCUUUCUUGGACGAGACGACCACCUCGUUGGGCAAAGUUUUUGAGGCUAAAGCCCGGAGAGUUCUUCGUCAGCUCCUCCAGCGUAAUGAGCUCGAUCCAACAAACGUAAAAACCUGGCCCAGCCGUCGACAGAAACUCACUGGUGUGUUUGACGGUCUCCUGAAGCAAGUGAUCGCCACGCCCAAGGGGAAGACCAAAUAUCUGAGCCCUGCGAUCCAAAACGAGCUGAUCUCCCUUAUCGCCGAGGAAAUGCGGAUCUCCUUGGUAUCGGAUAUCCUAAAGAGCCCCUACUUUUCGAUUAUCCUUGAUUCGACAGUUGAUCUGGGAAAGGUAGACCAAUUAAGUUUGGUGGUGCGCUGGGUUUCCGUUCGAGACUCUCAAGUACAGGUGCAUGAGACCUUCCUCGGAUUCAUCGCAAUGUCAUCUGGAAAAGCAGAGGCUAUUGCUAAUCUCGCUAUUGAAGAACUCCAGAAGCUGGGAAUCACGCUGGACAAACUUAGAGGACAGGGAUUUGACGGAGCCAGUGUUAUGUCGGGAGUUUAUGGGGGAGUACAGACGAUACUGAAGAACAGAACCACGAACCCUGUUCCCUUCGUGCACUGUUCGACCCACAAUCUGUGUUUGGUGAUAAAAGAUGUUGUGGCUGCUACCAACCACACCAGUGAUUUCUUCGACUGUCUGGGCCAGGUUUUUACGUUUGUUGGAUCGAGCUCAUUACGCUGGGAGGAGCUGAAGAUGAACUCUCCGGGCUUAGACCUAAAAAAACUUUGCCCAACGAGGUGGUCGUCUCGUCAUGAAAGCGUUAGGGCCAUCAAGAAUCGGCAGCCAGAUAUCAUCAGACUUCUGACGAAGCUAUCACUCACCAACUGCCGAACAUCUGCGGGACUUUUGAGUAGAGUUAGAACUUUCGAGUUCACCAUUACUCUGGUGUUUUGGGAGAAGCUGCUCUCCAAGGCACAGACUAUUACUAACAUGCUCCAGGCUAAAAACCUGGACAUUGGAGUUGUGCCAGCUGCUCUCAGCAGCUUUACAAGAUUUCUCCGAAAUCUAGAGGGAAAUUGGGAUACUCUCAUCGUAGAAGCUCAGCAGCAAGCCAUCUAUGCUGGGGCCGAGCAGUCAUUCCAGCUCACCAUGGCCCGGAACCUCUACAGAUAUUCUGGUCAACUUCGUGGCCAGAACUUACCAGAACCAUCGAAGAAGGAUUUGUUCAAGGUACAGAUAUUUCUUCCCACACUGAAGACAUGUCGGGAACAAAUCCUUCUUCGAUUUGAGGGACACAACUCAAUAGUGAGCAAGUUCGCGUGUUUGCAGCCCAAACACAUACUGACGAAGAGUUGCACGGACCUCCGAACUGCUGCGAAUGAGUUGGUAAAGAUCUACCACAAGGACUUGCAGCCAUCAUUGGCAGACGAGUUAAUUGACCUGAAGGAAGAUUACGGGAGUGAGCUAAGGACCGAAGAUGUGACAAGUCCUCUCCAGUUGGUCAACUUUAUCUUCGAGAGAGACCUUCCGCUGUUGUGUCCGCAGUUGGUAGCAGCCUUGAUGCUUUUCAUAGCUAUACCAGUCACUGUUGCAUCGGCGGAACGGUCCUUCUCGAAGUUAAAGUUGAUAAAAACUUAUCUAAGGUCGACUAUGUCACAAUCUAGACUUAAGGAUUUAGCUCUCAUCUCAAUUGAGAACAGUGAGGUUGACAAACUUGAUCGCUCGAAGCUGGUACAAAAAUUUGCCAGUGCAAAAGCAGGGCGCAUCAAGCGUUUCCACUGA